AUGGUCAAAUGGACGAAGCUCUGGGGAGCGACGCGUGAGAGAGAUACGCCUCACCUUCGCGAUGAGAUGCGCAGAUUGCUCCCGUCCCAUAGCCAUGAAAUCCCACCAUCUGCCUUCCCCGCAAAGGAGGUUACGAAAGUCGCCCUUCGAUUGAAGUAUCAGAUUGAAGAAGUCAUUCCUUUUGAGAUGCCCGAAGACAAAGUCAUAGCCGCCAACAGUCCCGUCAUUACCCAGAAGGUUGUCCAGACCGCAAAAGAAGCAGGAGAGAAGGACUAUGCCUCUUGUGUUGUGUACUGCUUGUUGGUCUGCAAGAGAUGGUUUAACAGACAAGCCAAUCUGGAGCUAUGGGAUGCCGACCUACACAAUGUCCGGGCAACGGCAUGUGAGAUGAUUGCCAAACGCAUCAUUGAGGGCGAGGAAGAUCAGGAAUAUCUUAUGCAAGAGGUCCUGCUCAAGCGUUACUCAGUGGUACGGAAGGAUGAGGAAACCGUGCCGGCCAACGCGAUUGAAAGAGCUGUCGACUUACAUUGUGUGAUCGUCAUCGGCUCAUCAGGUUAUCAAAAAUGCAUCAAGUAUCUCUGGAGGGGCUGGAUUCACCAAGACGAUCUCGACCCGGGAAGCUUUAUCUUUUACAAGGAGCGGGACAACACGAAUUACUGGGCUCAUCUAAAUCCCGAUCGAAUGCGUACACCACUAUACCAGAACGUUGUCCAAAUCUCCAUAUCCGUCCUUUACCUCGCCCUAUACACCGCUGCCGUCAAUACCGUUAACGAAGACGGCGACUUGGACGUUGUUGAGGGGAUUCUCUACUUGAUGACCUUGGGCUUCGUCUGUGACGAAGUCGCCAAGUUUUGGAAAGUCGGCAUCUGGUAUUUUGGAUUCUGGAAUGCCUUCAACAACUGUCUGUACGCUCUGUUGACAGCCUCCUUCAUCAUUCGUAUGACUGCUCUCGCGCACUCUCCCGACGAAGACGAUGAAAGACGCCGCGAACUCAACGCUUUGGGAUACCAUCUUUUCUGCGUCGCUGCACCUAUGUUCUGGGGCCGACUUCUCUUGUACCUGGACACGUUCCGCUUCUUCGGCGCCAUGCUCGUGGUCUUGAAGGUCAUGAUGCGGGAAUCACUCAUCUUUUUCGCCCUCCUGAUCGUUGUCUGUGUCGGCUUCCUUCAAGCCUUCAUCGGCCUGAACCAGGUGGAAGGAAACGCUAGCAUCAGCUCUUUUGUCAUUACCGCGAUGGCAAAUGCCGUUAUGCAAUCCCCUGAAUUUGACGGCUUCGACAACUACGCCCACCCCUUUGGUCUCAUUCUGUACUAUCUCUUCACCUUUGUGGUCAUGGUUAUCCUCCUCAACAUCCUCAUUGCGUUAUACAACAGUGCAUACGAGGAUAUCACGGAGAACGCGAUCGAUGAGUACAUGGCCAUGUUCGCCCAAAAGACAUUACAGUUUGUCCGUGCACCUGACGAGAAUGUCUUCAUCGCGCCAUUCAACCUGAUCGAACUAUUGUUCCUCAUCCUACCGUUCGAAUGGUGGAUGGACUCUCACCGCUACGAGAGAUUGAACAACUAUGUCAUGGGUCUCAUCUACUUCCCUGUGCUGCUGGUCACAGCUGCUGUGGAAGCCGUUGACGCCAGAUCUGUGAGAAGCAACCGUUCCAGGGGCGAGGAGGACGACGAUACAAUUCAAGAGUGGGAGGAAAUGGCUGGUGAGCUGGAUUUUGAGUCGGAAGGCUGGGAUAAGAAGGUCCAGUCGACCAGGCCGAUAGUCGAGGUGGACGCCGAUGUCGUGGAGAUCAGGCAGCUCAAGGAGCAGGUUGAGGAGUUGCACCGCCUGGUGAGAGCGCUUAGUCCAGAGGCAGAUGGAGGAGAGAGUUCGUAA